AUGAAGCUUGCUACGUCAGCAGUCGGUGGUCUCUUUGGCGCCGUCGCUAUCGGCAGCCACUUUGUCGGCGCUGUCCCUUUCCUCGCCGGUCGCGACAAAGCACCCAGCGGUGGCGAUGCCUUGGCCAAGCAGGCAGAGCUCGGCCCCAUCCAUAUUCUCUAUCAGAACGACCUCAGCAACAAUGCUUCGACAGGCGCUCUUCUGCUUCCCAACUCGGUCGCCUCCGACAACGCCGCCCAGAUCUGCGAGCGCAUCGGCGAGAAGCUCUUCCCUCUCGAUGCGUCUCUGCAGCAGGGCAUCGGCUCUGAUCUCGUCGACCAGUUCAACUAUCUCCGCUAUGCUGGCACCGUCGGCUGGUCGGACUCGUACUGGGUCGAGGAGGGUGCGAACCAGACCGCUGCUUACAAAGUAAGCCGCGGUACUGUUCGAGCCACCGGUCAGGGCGAGAAGCUCGGCGUCCUUUGCACGCACACUGCUCUUCCCACGGUCGUACCUCGUGCGAACCCCUACGCCAACGCAAAUGUCACCACGUCUGGCAACGACACUCGCAUCACCGUUCAAGCAGGCGACUACACCCUCACCGGCUACAGAGACCGACGAUCGUUCCGCUUCCUCGGCGUUCCCUUUGGCGAUGCUCCUGUCGGCUCGAAGCGAUUCAUGCACUCCACGCCUUACACCGGAAACAAGGUGCUCGACGCCACCGCCUACCGCAACUCCUGCCUUCAGUCCACCACGCCCGUCGGCCCCAUGCCCGUUGGCGAAGAUUGCCUCAACCUCAACAUCUACACGCCCGCCUUGGGUUCGUAUGACAAGAAAGCACUCAAGCCUGUGCUGUUCGCCAUCUACGGCGGCGCAUUUACCAGCGGUCGCAACUCACUUCACUCGUACGACGGUGGCAAUCUUGCAUCGCGCUCGGACGUGGUCGUUGUCACUACAAACUAUCGCCUCGGAGCCCUGGGUUUCCUCGCCUCAGGAAAGGAUCUCCCCGGCAACGCGGGCAUCAGCGAUCAGAUCUUGGCGCUGAAAUGGGUCAAGGAACACAUUGCAGCUUUCGGCGGUGACCCCGACCGCAUCACGCUGGGCGGCGAGUCGGCGGGCGCGGAGAGCAUCGCGGCGCUGAUUGCCAGUUCCGAGGCAAAGGGUCUGUUCCACGGCGCAUUCAUGCUGUCUAACCCGUGGGUCCCUUGGAUCAACCGCUCGGUGCAGACCAAAUCCAUCACUCCCUCGGUCGCCACGAGCCUCAAUUGCAGCACCAGUGGUCCCGCCAUGGUCGAGUGUCUUCAGAAGGUCGAGAACCCGUCACUCUUUGUGCAGGGCCCCGCUUUCGUCAACGCCACCAACAACAUCACCGUUGCGCUCUCGCAGGUCUCAGGCUCCAGCUUGUUCUCGGCCUCGAUCCAGCCCUUCUUGCCGACGCCCGACGGUCUGAUUGAUGACCAGAUCUUUUACCUGGCCGGCAACGGAACGAUUCCCAACAACGUUCCCAUUAUGCUUGGCACGCUUUCUGGGGAAGGUACGCUCUUCGUCUACUCGCUGCUCAACGAGACGAUUCCCAACUCGCAGGCUGCACUUCAACAGACGCUGGGCAGCCUGUACAAGCCCGACUUCAUCACGAAGGUCGAGCAGUCGGGCUUCUUCGACCUCGAUCCGGCGAACAACGACUCGGUUCGCGAGACAGUUUCGAACGCGUUCACGUACAACUUCUUCACGUGUCCCACGCAGCGCAUUGUCAACAUGGCGCAGAAGACGCGCCAGUUCCCGCAGGUCUACCUGUACGAAUCCGACUCUGGCUACCCAGACACGGUCGGGUACCCGCCCAAGUGCGCACCGGAGGGCACCGGCGUCGAGGUGUGCCACUCCGACGACAUCAAGUCGGUCUUUGGCACGCUGAACUAUGAGGGAAUUGAGGUCAGCCAGCAGUACCUCGACUUUGUCGCGUACAACGUCGAUGCGUUCAGCGCCUUUGUCAGGGCCGGAACGCCCAACCCGAGCGAAAAGUACUUGAAGGCAAGGGGAAGGAGCUACACGUACACGCAAAAGGUGCAGCAGGACAACAAGUGGCAGGCCUUCGAAAAGCCGCUGUUGGAAGCGGAGGAUAACAGGACUCAGUACCUUUCCGCUCCCAAUGGGAUCACGCAUGGAGGUGUUCCGCAUAGGAAGGUGUGCGAUUUCUUCUACGAUAACGGCAAGUUGACCUAUCAGCUCCUCGACAACUCUUUCUAA